AUGGGGAACUCUGCCACUCUCAUUUGGGACGUGAAUGAGGCUUUGCUCUCUGAGAAGGGGAUCCCUUCUCCGAAUGGCUGCGGAGCCGAUGGUUUCUCCGAUUGCUUGCCGCCUUCUCCCGUCACGUUGUUUGUUUGUUACUCUACUAUGCUAGCUAGCCUUGCCUUCGCUUCUCUUUCUAUGCCUUUCUGUCUCUCUCUGGAGAACUGGAAAUGGAUUCUUCUUCUUCCGCUUGCUCACUUCUUCUCUAAAUCGAGGCUGUGA